AUGAAAAUUAAUCUCAAGUCAAAAUCAAAGAGUGUUAAAUUAGAACAAGAACAAUUCAUUGAUAUUAGUGAUGAUAAAAAAGAUAAUUUUAAAAAUUUAUUUUUAAAAUCUAAAAAACAAACAACAACUAAAUCACAAUUAAAUGAUAUUGUUUCAAAUUUCUUAACAUCAAAUAAUAAUGGUCAACAAUUAAUUCAAAUGAAAAAACUUGAAAGUUUAUUCAAAUCCUCAACAAGUAUAAUUUUAAUUGAAGAAUUUGAAACCAUUAAAAUUUUAAUUGAAUUUAUAUUUUUCAUUCAAUUUUCAAUUGGUUCAAAAAAUGUUUCAGCAAAUAAAUCAAUGUCACAAGUUUUAAAUUGUAUUUUACAACAACAAAGUAGUACCGAACAAAAACAAUUAAAAGAAAUUGUUUUAAAUUUAUCAAAUGAAUCAAUUAAUAAAUUAAUCAGUAAUAGUAAUAGUAAUAGUAAUAAUAAUGUAUCACCAGUAUUUAGUAUUUCAUUUUUAAUUGAUAUUAUAAAUUUAACAAUUUUAGAAGAGGAAGAAGGAGAAAUAAGGAUUUUUAAAUUUAUUGAAAUGAUUUCAAAUCAAUUGAAUGGGGAGAUUGGUCAAUUGGAACAAGCAUCAAAUACAAAUGCAAUUGUAUUACAUGAUUGUGAACAUACUUUACGUUCAUUAGUUACAUUAUUCAAUAGGUUUGAAGCAGUAUUACGUUCAAAAGUUUCAACUAUUUCAAAAAGCACAGAUAUUACUGCUAGUAUUAUGGUUAGUUCAAUGCGUUCACUUUCAAUUCAACUUGAAAGAAUUUUAUCAAAUCCAACAUUACCAAGACAAUUGGGUACAAAUUCAGGUUAUUUAAUCUCUGAAAUUAUUACACUAUAUGGUAAUGAUUCCGAAUCAAUUCAAAAACAAAUUUUAUCAUCUCUUGUUAAAUCAAAUAAUAAUCAUCAAGAUGAUAGCGUAAUUUCAAUAUUUGAUAUUUUAAAUCCAACUACUAGUUCAACUUUUCAAUCAAGAUUUAAACAAUUCCCUGAAAUUAAUCAAAUUUCAAUUUUAAGAGGUUUAUGUUUAACUGGUAAUAUAUUUUCAUCAUUAACAAAUUCAAUUUAUAAUAAUCAAAAUGAAAAUAUAUUUUUAAAUUUAAUUUAUAAAGGUAUUUCAGAUUAUUGUGGUGGUACAGUUGAUCAACAUAAUAGAUUUAUAUCAUUAGAAUAUUUACAUUUAUGUAUUUUAAAGAUUAAAGAAUGGUUAAAUAAUUCAGAAUCUAAAAAUAUUGAAAAGAAACAAUUAAUUAAAAGUGUUUUCCCAAGUUGUGAAAAUUAUGAAACAUUUUUCAAUAGUUACUUUUUGAUUGGUUUAGAUAUAGUUUGGAAGAAUUGGGAAUCAUCAGUUCAAAAUAUUUCUGGUUUAUCAAAUGAUAUUUUCGAUGAAUUAUUAAUAAUUCAUUAUAAAUGUUGUGAUGAUAUUAAUAAUAAAUCGGGAAAUAAUCUUAAAUCAAAUUUAUUUAUAAAUUCAAUUACAACAAAAUUAAUUGAUGAAGAUUGGUAUCAAAAAAAUAAAUAUAUUUUAUUAAAAUAUGUUUUAGAAAAAGUUGGACCAAUUUAUAUGAUUGAAUUAAGAGGUAAUUUUUUGAAAAAUAUAUUUUCAGCAAUGAUUGAUCAUACAAUUUGUAAUUCUGUUAAAGUAUUUUUAGAAUUAUUUAUUGAAGAAUUGAAAAAGGAUUAUUUAUUAACAAAUAAAGAAGAAGUGGGACCAACAACAACAACAACAACAACAACUAAUCAAGAAUUGAAUAGAAUUGAAAAAUAUUGGAUUUAUCCAUUAUUAGAAGUUUUAACAGAAACUGAUACAGUUACAUCAUCAAGAAUUAUAGUUUAUGCAUUACCAAGUUUAUUAAAAGUUUUCCCAGAAUCAUUAUUUAAAAUUUUAAAUAUUUUAAUUAAUCAAGGAGGUGGUGGUGUUGGUGGUGAUGAUGAUGAUCAAGAUAAUGAAUUAAAUAAAUUUAGAAAUAUAAAUUAUAAUAUUAGAAUUAGAAUUUCAUUAGCAUUAUUAAAUUCAUCGAGACAAUUAUCAUUAAUUGAUGGUAGAGAAUUACAAUCUAAAUAUCAUAGUAUAAUUGAAAAAUCAUUAGAGAAUGAAGAUGAAUCUUUAAGAUUAUUAGGUUUAGAAUUAAUUUGUGUUAGUCCAAAACAAACAGAGAGAAUAACAAUUUGUGAAUUGAAUUUAAUAAAGAAUUUCAUUUUAUUGAAUUUAAAAGGUAAUUCACCAUUCAUUAGAAAUCAAUCACUUUCAACACUUUAUAGAUUUUGGAUUAGGUUAAGAGAGAGUUGUUGUAAAGUAUUUAGAGCAUCAACAAAUACAAAUAUUAAUAUUGAAAAAGAUGAUCCAACAUCUCAAGAUCGUUAUAUCACCAUUGAAGAUUUAAUUGAAUACAUUAAUUGGAGUUGUCAACUAUUUGCAUAUAAUCUCUACCCAGAUGCACCCUUCUCAAGAAAAAUGUUACCAUUGGAAGCUUUUAGUGAAUUUGUUGAUAUUUGGAGUUCAAAAGGUGGUCAAGAAAAGAAAUCACUUCAAGAGUUUUUAAUAUACAUUGAAGAGAAAUCAGUUUUACUAUAUAGUAAAAGUUCAACUGAUAUUUUAAUCAAUAAUCUUUGGGAUAGUUAUGAUAGAUGUAGAGAGUUGUCCACUGAUAUCUUGAUGAAAUUCCCAUCACCAUUGCCUGGUAUGGAAAGUGAUGAAAAAAUAAUUUCAUUCCUUUUAUGGGCUGUAAAAUUAGCAUGUUCACCAAAAGCUAGAGAAUGUGAUACUGGUGCAUAUGCAUUAAAACUUUAUUUAAAGAAAUAUGUGUUUGGUGCCGAUGGAUUAGUACCAAUUUUCCACUCAAGUACAACAACACCAGUUACAUUCACUAAAAUUCAAGGUAAUAAUAGUAAAGCAGCAUUUGAAUUUAUUACUCAAAUCUUACGUAUAUUAAAAUCACAAACUAAAUUAGCAUCAAAGGAUCUUUUAGAAGCUGCUAAAUUUGCACCAAUGCAUGGUUUAAUCUUAUCAUUACGUUAUAUUAUAAAUGAAAUUAAUUUCCAAGAAUUUGAUAAAAAUAAAGAAGAAAAGAAACAAUGGAGAGUUUUAUUAGCUGAAAUUAUUGAAUUAAUGAAAUCAAUAUCUUCAAUUGUACUUAGAGUUGUUGCUGAUUUAGCACCAGAAGGUAAUAAUCCAAAUCAAUUAUUAAAAGUAAAAGAUAGUUUACCAUCUUCAUUACCAUCUGGUGUAAUUUAUGAUGAUGAUGAAAGAUUAGCUUCAAAUUUUUCAUCAACAUUAAUGGUUGGUAAUGAUGAUGAUAAUAAUAAUAAUAAUAUUGAAGAGGAAGAUGAGGAUGAAGGUAAUGAUGAAGAUGAAAAUGAAGAUGAAACUGAAGAAUUAUCAGAAGAUAUUGGUAAAUCUGAACAAAAUUUAAAAGGUGGUAUUGGUCAAAUUAUUACAGUUUGUUCAUGGCAAUGUACAAAACAAAUUAGUUUAAUUUUAGGUACAAUUUUAGAUAAAGUUGAAAUGCCAACAAGUGAUGAAGAUGAUGAAGUUUGUAUGAUUACAACCAAACAAAUUGAAGAGAUUGGUCAUCAAUUCUUUACAAUUUUACUUCAAUCAAGACAUAAAGGUGCAAUUGAAAAGACUUAUCUUGGUUUUCAAGUACUUUGUGCAACUUUAAUGAAAUCUACAAAUACUAAACUUUCAAGUUUACCAUCUACAUGGAUUGGUUUCCUAUUUGAACGUGUUAAAGAACAAUCAUUACAAAUCACAAGAAGAUCCGCUGGUUUACCAUUUGCUUUCAUUGGUAUUCUAACUGGUGAAUCAACUACAAAUCAACGUGUUAAUCAUUUAUUAAAUCAUGUAAUGGAUAAUUUAUUAAAAUUAGCAAGUGGUUCCGAUUUUGAUGAAAAUAUUAAUAAUACCGAAAAUCAAGAUGAUCAAUCAAAUUUAAAUUCUAUUGAAAAAAAUAUUUAUUUACCACAAGUUCAUUCAAUUAAUAUUUUAAAGAGUAUAUUCCGUGCAAGAGCAAUCAUUCAAGAAUUAGAUCAAUAUCUCGCCGUUACUUUGAUUUGUGUUAUUAAAGCAUUUUCAUCAAAAUCUUGGUCAGUUAGAAAUUCUGCGACAAUGGCAUUCAGUGUAUUGGUUGAUAGAAUCAUUGGUACAAAGAAAUUGAAAGCAGAUUCAACAAUUAUUAAUACUACUACAUUUUAUCAUUUCUUUUCAAGAAUGCCAAUUGUUUAUCCAUUCCUUUUAGAAUACUUUAAAAAUUCAUUACAAUUCAUUAAAGAAACUUCACCAUUAGUUGAAGAGGGUAAAAUUAUUCAAUCAACAGUUUACGCUAUUUUAGUACUCUUUUCAAGAUUACAACCAUCAAAUAUUGAUCAUCCAAAUGAUUUAUUAGCACCAGCUCAAUUUGUACCAUUAAUUUCACAAUGUUGUCAAUUUUCAAAUUAUAUGGUUCGUCAAAUUUCUGCACGUGCUUUAGUUCCAUUAAUUUCAACAAUUGAAUUAAUUCCUUUUAUUAGAGAUUUAAUUAAUAAAUUAAAUGAAAUUAAACAACAACAACAACAACAACAACAACAACAACAACAACAACAACAACAAGAUAAUCAAUCAAAAUUAAAUUAUAAUAAGAUUCAUGGUAUUUUAUUACAAAUCUACCAUUUAUUAAAAGGUCAUUUACCAACAAUAAAUCAAAAAGAAAGAGAAGUUUCAAUUUCAAUUGUUGUAUCUGAAUUUAUUCCACAAUUACAAUGGAUUCAAGAUUCAAAUUUACCACCAUUAGGUUUCAUUUAUUUCUCAAUUUUAAAUGAAUUAGAAAAGAAUACUCAAAAUGGUCUUCCAUUUGAUUCAAUAAUUAAUUCAAUUAUUAAUUAUUGUAAAAAUCAAUUAUUAUUAAAUAGUAAUAAUUCAAAUGCUACUGAUAAAUUUAAUGAAAAUUUGAAAAAUUUACCAAUGUUUUAUACUUGGAUUGAAUCAGUAUUACAAUUUUAUUUAUUAUCAAUAAAGAAACAAAUUGAAUCAACAUGUACCUCUUCUUCUUCUUCAAUAUCAUCAUCAAUGAAAAAACAAAUUAAUGAUGAAUUAAUGAAAUUAUUCUCACAUUCACUUUAUGAAAUUAAAAUAGUUACAAUGAAAUUCCUUUUAAAGAAUCGUUCAAUCGUUACAGAGGUUUUAGAUCAACAAAUACUUCAAACUUCAAUUAUUAAAGUUAUUUUAACUGAUCCAAAUUCAACAUGUAGAAAGAAAUCAUUUAAACUUUUAUCUUUCCUUUCAUUACCACUUUCAAUUGAAUCUGUUGAACAACAACAACAAACUAAUACCUCUUCAAAUAUUAUUGAUUCCACAAAUAUUAAUUUAUAUCAAUUAUUAUGUAAAACCAUUUGGGGUAUUUCAAACUCAAUGAAAAAAGAAUCAAUUGUAUUAUUUGGUCAUUAUUUAAAACAAUUUUAUCAACAAAAAAUUGAUAAUACACAUAGUGAUAAUAAUAAUAAUAAUAAUAAUAAUAAUAAUAACAAUAAUAAUAAUAAUAAUAAUAAUAAUAAUAAUAUUAACGAACAAAAAGAAAAAGUUUUAAAUAAUUGGAUUAAAAUGGUUAAAGAAUUAUCAAAUUCUGAACAACCAUUAGAAUUAAGACAAGCAAUUUGUAAAUCAAUUGAAGCAUGUAGUGAUGUUAUAUUUAAAACCCAAGAACAAACUAAAAAUGAUAAUUUAUUAUCAAUAGUUUCAAUUGAAUCUUGGCUUGCAGUUUCAACACUUUUAGAGGAUGAUGAUCAAUCAAUUAGAUCACAAUGUUCAAUUCUCUCUUCAAAGAUUUUAUUCUUAUCAAAUAAUCCAAAUCAUUCAACAAUUGUUAAGGAUAGUGAAUUUGUUAUUAAAGAAUGUUCAAAAUGUCUUGAACAAGUAUUUGAUUAUCUUUUAUCACAAUUUACAAAUAAUCAUAAUUAUUUAUUAUUAAGAUUUACUGAAAUUUUAAAAUUAAAUUAUGAUUCAUCAUCAUCAUCAACAACAACUAUAUUUGAUCAAGAUUUCCAAAAUUCAAAAGUUUUAUUUGAUAAAGAAAAAGAUAACUAUUUUGAAGAACAAUUAGUAAAGAUUCAAUUAAUUAAUUUUGAAAUUCAAAAGAUUCAAUCAUCAUCUGAAAAGAAACAUUUAUUAUUAAAAGUAAUGAAUUCUUUAGAGAAGUGUACUGCUUGGUUAAAGAAUACUCGUGAAUUAAAUCAAACAAGUGUACUUAGUCAUUGGUUAACUUUUAAUCCAGAGAUUUUCACUCUCUUCUAUACCUAUCUUGUGACUUGUCAUUCACUAUGUGAAAAAGGUCAUGACUAUUCAUCAUUUAUCAAUACAAUUAAAUCAAAUUUAUCCGAGAUUCAACUUCAUCCAAUCUUAUCAAUGGCAUUAAACACUUUAAUUUCAAAAUUAGAAAAUUCAAAUAAUAAUAAUAAUAAUAAUAAUAAUAAUAAUAACAAUACACCAAAAAAUUAUUAUUUCUUAACUUCAAAAUAA